GCACCUAAAACAAUAAUAAAAUAUACAUUUUUCAUAACGUAUUGACCUUCGUAAUUACGCAAGAGAAAGUGAGUACACACUUAUUACUUUCACUUCCCCCCAAGAAACAAGUUUAGGAGAAAGUAUAUAGUUUAAAAGAAGAAAACGAUUGGGUACAUUCUGAUCAAAUUCAAUUGAGUCGUGUGGGUCAGCAUAACUAGACUACACCGUUGUUUGCUUACUUCAUAAAAAAACAAAAUUUAACGCUUAUUUCACAUAAUAUAAUACACAUUUUCAAAGAUGUAUAUUAAAUACGAAAAUCUCGAGGAUAAAUUCGCUAAGAGGCUGGACGAUUUGUUCGGUGUUAAAGACUGUCUGAUCGAAGUAAACCCAGGCAAAUGUAUACUUCCGCCCAAGUACAAGGAUUUGGGCCAGAGAAUUAAAAACAUGGAGGUCAGACCUGAUGAUGUAUGGCUUGUGUCGUAUCCAAGAACAGGAAGUACUUGGGCUCAAGAAAUGGUUUGGUGUAUUUGCAAUGACUUGGAUUUCGUUAAAGCCAAGAGCAUAAUUGGACAACUAAGGACACCGUUAUUAGAACUAACAGCUAUUAUGGGCAAUGACACUAGCAAAUUAAAAGACGAACUUGGAAACUCAGUAGAACAAGUGGAGAACAUGCCGUCGCCUAGAUUCAUAAAAACACAUUUGCCAGUCCCAUUGUUGCCCGAACAGUUGGAAAACGUGAAGCCGAAAAUCAUCUACGUGACACGCAACCCAAAGGACAUGUGCGUAUCUUAUUAUCACUAUUGCAAACUAGUACACGGCUUACAUGGGUCGUUCGAAGAGUUUUGUGAUCUCUUCAUACAAGGAAAGACACCGAUCGGACCCAUUUGGGAUCACAUACUAGGCUUCUGGGAACAAAAAGACAAAUCCAACGUGUUGUUCAUCAAGUACGAGGACAUGAAAAAGGACCUAAAACGAGCCAUCAGACAAGUAUCAGAUUUUCUCGACAAAGAUUUGACUGAUGAACAGGUCUCCGCUCUCGAAGAUCACUUGAGCUUCAACAGCAUGAAAAAGAACCCUGCACUGAAUUUAGAACCAAUACUUGCUAUGAUGGAAAAACAACCAUUAAACGAGACGAAUCCUGACGAAACAUUUAUUAGGAAAGGAAAAGUUGGAGACUGGAAAAACUACAUGUCAGAAGAGCUAUCAGCUAAAUUUGACAAAUUCACAGAAGAAAAUUUGAAGGGAACUGGCCUCGUUUUUGAAACGAAUUGAUAUCAUUGACACUAUAUUUAUAUAUAUAUAAAUAAUAUUUUUAUAUCACUCUUAGUUUAUAAGUAUCCAUAUAAAAAUCUUCGUAUAAACAUGUGAAAAACGUUGUAUGUACAAAUUA